GAGUGGCUUUGCUUAAAUUGCCAGACACAGAGACUGCUUUCAGGCAGCCUGGGAGAUGCACCACUUCCUGUACCUCAACCAUCUCCAAAACAUCAAGCCAUGGGCUCACCCCAACACCAGACGCCUCUUGGGACCAAUCAGCAGUCACCACAGCAGAAGGGACCCAAUCAACAGCUAGGGGCGGGGCAGGCCCAGCAGCAGAAACCUCCUACUACUCAAGGGAGUGCAUCCUUCUCCCCAGCAAAGCAUCAUGGUGUCCCUGCGCAGGACCAGCCUCCUGCCCAGGCAGUGCACGGUGUGGCCAGCGAGGCGCACAAACAGCAGCAGGCUCAGGAGGAGGACAGGAUGCACCUAAAAGCAGGACAGGAGGCUGUGGCUCCAGCUGUCUCCAAAGAGACCACCAAACAAGUACCAAAAAAUGGAGGGGAACCUGAACAAAUCUCUGCAGUGCCCCUAGCAAAAGACAGCAAGAAAGCUGCAGAGUCUCAUAAAGUCAGACACCACGAAGAGACUAAGACAUCAAGUACCCAAGACUUAUCACGCAGCCCUCAGAGCCAAAGUGAUACAGGAUACUCGUCCGAUGGGAUCUCCGGCUCUCAGAGUGAAAUCACAGGGCUAAUCCAAGAAGAGGAGAUGAUCCUGAACAAAAGGGGGAUUGUUGAGCACAGCCCUCCCAGUCCGUCUGAACUCACCAAGCUGGAGAGCACCAUGCGGCCACUGCUAGAGUCCAAGUCUAUCUCUGGUCAGGAACAGGGAGGGAAGCAGCAUCAACAUCAAGACCCCAGGGAAGAGCAGAAGCAAAAGCAGAGGCCCCGCUCACUGUCCAUCACCCCGGAGGCCUUUGAUUCGGACGAGGAACUUGAGGACAUCCUGGAAGAAGAUGAGGACUCAGUGGAGUGGGAACAAAGGCGUGACCAGAGGGACAGUGUGAUUGAGUCAUCAGAUGACUUCAGCAGCAAGCUACGCCAUGACUAUGUGGAGGACAGCAGUGAGAGUGGGUUCUCUCCACUCCCUGGCAGGCAGAGGAAGACAGAGCCAGAAAUUACAGAUGAGGAGUUCAUGAGAAGGCAGAUCAUGGAGAUGAGUGCCGAGGAGGACAACCUGGAUGAGGAUGAAGGCUAUGGUUACCCUAAGCCAAAGAAGAGCCACAAGCACAGCACAGAUUCAGGAAAAGAGUCAAAACGGCGCCUUCCUCACAACUCAAGCAGUCUGUAUGAAGAAGAAGGAAAAGUUACUGGAGAUUCCUACAAGGGCACUGCAGUAGAAGGAGAAGAAGACCUGAUGGCUUCCCAAGGAGGUUUACGACGCUUCAAGACCAUUGACCUGAAAAAUACCAAUAGCUAUGGUCGAGAAAUGGAGCUCAGCAAUGAGAAUGACCUCAGCCUGGACCGGGAGCCAGAGCUGGAAAUGGAGAGUUUGACCGGAUCUCCAGAUGAGAGGUCCAGGGGGGAGUAUUCAUCAACUCUGCCCCCAACAACCCCCAGCUACACCUCCGGCACAUCCCCAACAUCAGUCUCCUCCAUGGAAGAAGACAGCGAUAGUAGCCCCAGCCGCAGGCAAAGGCUGGAAGAAGCCAAGCAGCAGCGGAAAGCAAGACACCGUUCCCAUGGGCCACUGCUGCCCACUAUUGAAGACUCCUCUGAGGAAGAGGAGCUGCGGGAAGAAGAAGAACUGCUGCGGGAGCAAGAGAAGAUGCGAGAGGUGGAGCAGCAAAGGAUCCGGAGCACUGCAAGGAAAACCAAGAGGGAUAAAGAAGAAUUACGUGCACAGAGACGCAGAGAGAGAUCCAAGACUCCUCCAAGCAAUCUCUCCCCUAUUGAGGAUGCCUCUCCAACUGAAGAGCUGAGACAGGCUGCUGAAAUGGAAGAGCUGCACAGAUCAUCUUGCUCAGAGUAUUCGCCUUCUAUUGAUUCAGAAGCAGAAGGGUUUGAGAUGAUUGCUUCCAAGCUGUACAAGUCUGGCAGUGAAUACAACUUGCCAACCUUUAUGUCACUCUACUCCCCAACUGAAAAGCCAACAACCACAUCAGCCUCUUCUGCCAGCAAGCCUCUGAAAAGUGCAGAUGAGGUCUAUGAGGAAAUGAUGAGGAAGGCUGAGAUGCUGCAAAAGCAACAGAAGCAGCAGACACAACAGCUCAAGCAAGGGCAAACAUACAAUAACACAUACCAGCAGGAAGACUUUAGAAGCACAGGGCAGCAGGACAGUGAUCAGUACCAAUAUGAGGCUAACUAUGGCUAUGGAAAAGACAUAGUGUCUUCUCAAACUGCAUUCCAAAACAACAUAACCAAGGCUGAGGGCAUUUAUGAAGAGAUCCUGCAGACAUCGCAGAGCAUCUCCAAAAUGCAGUCUUCUUUGCAGCAACAAAAAAUCUGUCAGAUGACAGAAGGCAGUACCUACCAGGACAAACAAUUGUUAGAUACAGGGCCUGUCUUUACUAAAUUGCUAGAACAAAACAGUGCCCCCCUUACUCCUGGGACAAGCCCCACCCAGCUUUCAGCACCUGUCUCAUUUUCAGGGACAUCAGGGAAUGAACCAGGGGAAACUGGGACCAGGGGGAUCCCUGAUGUUCAUGUGACACAGCAUUUCAUGAAGGAGGCACAGAAAGAAAGAGCGAAGAGCCAAGACUCUUCAAUAGGAGCAACCUCCACUCCAGUGACAACUACAGCUUCUUAUGUCGUUUAUGGAAGGGAGUCAACAGCUACCACUCAGGUCAUAACAGGUCAAACAGCAACUUUGACUAGCUACGGAUGUCAGUCUGAACCAAUUAGUACUGCUUCAGCCUCUGCAGGGUACAAUCAGGGUUAUAGUCAAAGAGACAGCAUAUCUGGGGACAAAAGGGUUCAGGAGAACAGGGGGGUCCAGGUCCGAGACAGCUAUGAGGCUGGGAGUGUAAAUCUUGCAUCCAAAAACUACUACAACAGCUCCAGCCCCCCUAUUUCUCCAUCCUCCUCCCCCACACAGAGCCCCACCCACUCACCCUCCAGUGCUACCUCCCCAGUUAUGGCACAGGGCACCCAGACUCCACACCGGGCCAGCUCACCACGUCUUUUUAGGCAACAAUCCUCGCAAGGCUCACCUUUUAUGGUUAUCACUCUGGGGUCCGAUUCGACCAGUCCAGGCAAACCUUUGACUGUCAACUCUUCCACCUCUCCUGUGUCUUCGCCAACUAGACUGAGUCGUCAACAGACUCUUCAUGGUUAUGACCAAUCUGCAAGUCCUCCAUCAUCGCCUCAGCACCAACAGCAACAACAAUCACCACAGCACCCCUUAUACAAGUCACAGGCUGAUAGAGUGUCAUCAACCACUGCAGGUACCUAUAGCCGUGGUUCUUUGUCCAUGGAGAAUAUCUCCUUGUGCAGAAUCUCCACUGUUCCUGGGACUUCCAGAGUAGAGCAAGGCCCAAGGCUACCCAACGGGAGUGUGGUGGAUUUACGUAUUGCCAGCAAGUCAUACCCAGUUAUCAUGACAGAUAAGGGCAUGGACCUAACUUCCGUUGCAACAGAGAGCCGCAGGUUCUCUCUGGGAUCUGAGGAAAGCCUUAACCGCCAUUCUACAACAGUGCAACCACUCAUCAUGAACCUAAAUGCCCAGGAACAGCCCCAUGUGGCAAUAUCAACGCCAACCACAGUUAGCAUCACAGUGGCAGCUUCCAUGUUCACCUCCCAGCCAAAGCAACGUAUGGUUUACGGAGACCCCUUCCAGAACCGGGUAGACAUUGGACAAGGAUCAAGGUCUGCAGUGUGCCUGACACAGGCCAAACAGCCUGCCAUUAAUGCCCAGGACUCUAUCCCAAAGAUAGAUGCCAAACUGGAAGACCUCGGCAUUCAGCAGCAAAAACUUCAGCAACAGCAGCAGCAUUUGCAACAGCAGCAACAACAUCUGCAACAACAGCUCCAGCACCAUCAACAACAGCAGCAGCAUCUGCAACAGCAGCAAGCAAUGUUUUCCAGGUAUAACCUGGCCAACCAGGUUCAACCCUUGGUCAAGAAAGACAUGAUGGUCAGCGAGACUAGUAGUGCCCAGACUGUAGUCAGUGUCAGUGCAAUUCCCAGGGCAGCACCUCUGGCUGAUCAAGAAGUACCAGCUGUUGCAAUUGCUCCAGCUCCUCCUCUUGACCUUUACAGCAAUGUUAAUUUGGAAUUAAAGACUAAAACGCCAGCUGUCAAUCUUUUGGAUGUGAAACCAAAUGUUAUGAUGGUGCAAGUGGACAGUGCCUCCCAGGGUGCCACCGUCACUCAGCUUGUGAAACCAGAUCAGCCCCCUGAUGCCCUGGAUCUUACAGGGAUAAAGUCAGAGAACCAGGUAGCCUGCUGUGAUGUGGUCUACAAAUUCCCCUUUGGUGGCAGCUGCACAGGAGCCAUUUCCCAGCCACCAGAGAAAACCUCUGUGCCAGCGGCUGAACUGCCACAGAGUAACCUCCCACCUUCUGCUCCUCAGUACUAUGGAAAUGGGAAACAAGAACCAAGCCAAGAGAGCUAUCAGUACCGCGAACAACUGGAGUCUAGUCAUGGCUUCAUGGAUAAUCGAAAAAUCUACCCUCUACCUUUCUCUGGGCGGCUGUCCAUCUCUGACACCAACCUUUCUGAAGCUGGGCUAAAUUAUUAUCAAACAAAAAAUCAUCCCACCUUCCAUGGUCCUGGAGGUGAUCUAGCUGUUGACCUUAGCACAAUGAAACAGCCAUACAGUGGCAGUUUCUCAGGUGGAGGGUACUUUGGCUUGGGAAUGCAGUAUGGCUCCUAUACAGACCUGCGGCACCAGGGUGACGUGAUGAGUCAACCCUUGCCAAUGCGGCGGUACAACUCUAUGUCGAACAUCAACACAGAUUAUGGUUACUCCCCACGGGAACUUUCCAACUUCCAAGAGUCCAGCCUGGCCCAAUACAGUGCCACCACUGCAAGGGAGAUCAGUAGGAUGUGUGCAGCUCUGAACUCAAUGGACCAGUUUGCUGGAAGGUAUGCCAAUAACCCUGAUCUACUGCAAUAUGCAUCCACAGGAGCUGAAGGGGCUGCUGCAAGACUCAAUUUGUUAUCUGGUCAGCAGGACCUAUCAGCCAUUAAAGCCAACCUGAUGUACGGCCCCAACUUUUCCGAUAGUCGCCAGGUUGCACAUGGUCAAGCCUUUGGUAACUUUCCGCAAUACAAUGUAUCGAGCGCUAGGCUAGCUGGCAUAAGGCAGAUGUACCCUUCAGGUGUCAGAGCUGCUGAUGGCAUGAUCUACUCUACCAUAAACACCCCCAUUGCCUCCACCCUGCCCAUAACUACCCAGCCUGCUUCUGUCCUGCGGCCUAUGAUUAGGGGCCUCUACAGGCCCUACCCUCCAGGAAACAUGACGGCUGUGCCAUUGGUCAGCAUAUCUGGCUUGCCCCUGGUUACUCCAAGGAUGCCUCUGUCCUCCCAGGGACCUUACCGUUACCCUCCUCCCAACCGAUUUAAUACAGCCCCAGUGACUGCCACCACCACUACCAAUACCACAGUCUUGGAAACGCCUGUCUACCUGGGGAGGCCCUCAGGAAUGCCAGCAGCACCCAAUACCAUCAAUAUGGGGAUGACGAACAUGCAGGCUGGUAGAGCCCCUACAACAGCAAUGAUGGUGGGACAGGCAGUUGCAGCACCCACCAACCAACAACAGUUGCAGAUGCAGCACGAGCAACAGACCCAGCCACAGCAUCCUUAUCAAACCUACCCUCAAACACAGGUUCAAUCACAGCCUCAGUCACACCCUCAAACACACCCUCAAAUGCACCCUCAAGCACAGCCUCAAACAAACCCUCAAACACAACCUCAAACACACCCUCAGAUGCACCCUCAAGCAUACCCACAAAUGCACCCUCAAGCACAGCCUCAAACAGACCCUCAAACACACCCUCAAACACACCCACAAAUGCACCCUCAAGCACACCCUCAAGCACACCCACAAAUGCACCCUCAAGCACACCCUCAAACACACCCUCAAAUGCACCCUCAAAUGUACCCUCAAACGCAACAUCAAUCACACCCUGAAACACACCCUCAAAUGCACCCUCAAGAACAGCCUCAAUCACACCCUCAAACGCAACAUCAAUCACACCCUGAAACACACCCUCAAAUGCACCCUGAAGAACAGCCUCAAUCACACCCUCAAAUGCACCCUCAAGUGCAACCUCAACCACAGCAUCAACCACACCCUCAAACACAACCUCAAAUGCACCCUCAAAUGUACUCUCAAACACAACCUCAAACACACUCUCAAAUGCACAUUCCAAGUCAACCUCAAACACAGCCGCAAAUACAUUCUCAAGAACAGCCUCAAGCACAGCCUCAAGUACAGUCUCAGUCACAGCCUCAAACCCAACCUCAAUCACAGCCUCAGACUCAACCCCAGCCUCAGGCAGCUCCAGAAGCCACUUCAAGCAGCAGUGGCAAAAAUGCAGAGAAAGACAAGGAGGAGGAAAGGCUGCGUUGGCAGCAGGAGCAGCUGCUGCAGUUUGAGAGGGAGCGGGUGGAGCUGGAGAAGCUGCGGCAGAUGCGCCUGCAAGAGGAGCUGGAGCGGGACCGUGUGGAGCUGCAGAGGCACAGGGAGAAGGAGCAAAUGCUGGUGCAGCGUGAGAUUCAGGAGCUGCAGACUAUCAAACAGCAGGUGUUACAGCAACAACAUGUCGAGAGGGAGACCCAGCUUGUGAUGCAGAGGGAACAGCUGGCCCAGCAGAAGAUGCAGCUAGACCAACUACAGAACUUGCAGCAGCAGCUCCAGCAACAACUGGAAGAGCAGAAAAGACAGAAGAUAGCAGCAGCGGCGGCAGUGGCAGCGGCGGCAGCAGUAGCGACAGCAGCAGCAGCGACUCCUGGGACAGGAGGACAAGUAGGAGUAGCAGGGGGAGCAGUGAUAGGAGGAGAAGUGCCACCUGAUCUACAGAGGACCAUGGGCCAGAACGGGCCAUACUGGCAGCCCUAUGUGGAAGGUGGGGUAAUUCAAGGAGUAAUUCCUCCUAGGCCUCUGCCCAGUUCUGCUUCAGAAAUGUCCUUGAGGAAUGAGGAGCAUGUGGAGACACAAGGCAUGAAGAAGCACAACUCUGUGCCUCGUCUAAGGGAUGGAAUGGAAAUUGAGGAGGCUCAGCACUCGGUGAAGAGGAUCGCAGACAGCAGUGCACAGACUGAUGAUGAGGAUGGGGAGAAGUAUAAUAUGUCGAGACGGAGGCGAGCCCAUCGCAGUGUGGACUGUAGUGUGCAAACGGAUGACGAGGACAACGAGGAGUGGGAGCAGCCUGUCCGACGGAGGCGCUCACGAUUUUCCAAGCACUCUGAUUCUGGCUCAGAGGGCAAAUCUGAGUCUUCGAAGGGCACCUCCAGCAUUGCAAUCCAGACGAUCAGCGAUAGCUCAUGUCAGACUGAUCCUGACCAACUAGGGAGAGUGUCACCGGCCAUCCACAUAACAACGCCUGACCCCAAGGUUGAAAUUAUCCGUUAUAUCUCUGGCCCAGAGAGAACCCAAAAGGGAGAAAGCUUGGCCUGCCAGACAGAACCAGAGGCCCAGUCUCAAGGGGUGGUGAUCCCGCAGCUUACAGUCCCCACCACCGUCACCCCCUACUCCAACAACAUCCAGCUAGUGACUUCUGGACCACUGGAUCCUCAUUCCUCCCGGCUCCAAGGGUUGGCCAAGUUUGAAAAGAAGAAGCCCGACCCAUUGGAGAUCAGCUACCAGUCCAACCACCUUCACAAUGAGUCCCUCUCCCACCUGGUCCGCCAACCCCCCAAGUCCCCACAGGUUCUCUACUCCCCUGUCUCCCCACUUUCACCCCACCGUCUCCUGGAGACCUCCUUCUCCUCCAGUGAGCGACUCAACAAGGCUCACGUCACCCCACAGAAGCACUUCACUGCCGAGUCUCCCCAAUGCCAGCAGACCCUGCCCCGGCCAAUAAAAACCAUGCAAAGGUCCAUGUCCGACCCAAAGCCUAUCAGCCCCACCUCUGAAGACCCUGCCAAGGCCAGGUUCUCCAUGUACCAGCAGCAGUCUCUUCAAAACAAUCAGCAGAGCUCCCUGAUCAGGAAGGUGAAGAGGACUUUGCCCAGCCCACCUCCAGAGGAAGCUCACCUCCCCAUCGCCACCCCACAGCUUCCCCAGAUGUAUAUGCCUACCCUACCCCAAAAGGUGGGGCCCAGGCCGUUCCAGGCCACCAAAGCCAGUCUGCUGAAAGACAUCACCCAUGAGCUGAAGGUGGUGGAGCAGGAGUCCACCAAGCUGCGCAAGCAGCAGGCCGAGCUGGAGGAAGAGGAGAAGGAGAUUGAUGCCAAGCUGCGGUACCUCGAGCUGGGAAUCACCCAGAGGAAGGACACCCUGCUGAAGGAGAGGGAACGGAGGGAGCUGGCCUACAUUAGGUGCAUGGGAGACACUCAUGACUACAUGUCAGACAGCGAGCUCAGCAACAUUCGAAUCGCCACCACGUAUGAAGGAAAUGGGCUUUUGACCAGGCCCAGCACGGCUCCCAUGAAUCAGUUCUCUGAGUUCUCCACCGCCCAGUACCCUACCACUUCCUCCUUCAUCACCUACCAGUACCAGCCAACCCAAACAGUCCCACUGGGCACAACCACUUACCAGCAAUCUGGGUUUCAGCCUCCUCAAUACCAAACACCCACUAACACCCAACAGCAAAUGCCACAGCAAAUUCCACAGCAAAUGCUACAGCAACAGCCACAGCCACAGCCACAGCCACAGCCACAGCCACAGCCACAGCAACAGCCACAACAACAGCCACAGCAACAGAACACCUUCCAGACCCAUCAGCAAGCUCCAGCUUACAACACACAGAGCACUUUUCAGCCACCUAUCUUUGCCCAGAACCAGCCCUAUCAGUCUGAUCUCGGAGUGCAGAACCAUCCAGGCUUUCAGCCCCCUGUGUCCUACCAAGCGCAGACCACAUACCCAAGCCAGACAUCCUACCAGCCUGGCCAAAAUGUACCUUUCCAACCGCAGGCUGAGAUCCCUAGUGUUCACCAGAAGCCACGGCAGACCUCCCUGGCCGACCUUGAGCAGAAAAUGCCCACCAACUACGAGGUCAUCAGCAACUCCACUGUGGUUGUGACCUCCGCUGUCCCUGAAGUCACCUAUACCUCCACCACUGUGGCUAAUAACUAUGGUCAGUACAAGCCUCCUGAGACCACGCUGGCAGACCGGAUGAACGUUGUUGAAUGCCCCACGUCUGUCUACUCUUCUGAAUCAGUCUACACCAACCUGGAGCAGAACAUUCCCCGCAAUUAUGUCAUGAUCGACGACAUCAGCGAGCUGACCAAACAGAACUCUGGCACAUCUUCAGAGAUGGACAAGCCCGAUACACAGACCCACUCUUCCAACGGGCACUACGGGAAGGACCGGUAUGAGCUGAGUGAGAAUGGGAACUCCACAAGAGGCAGCUCCUACUCUAGAGCAGAGGAGGAAUCUGAGGAAGAUAUGUACGACCACCAUGGCAGGGGUAAGAACAGCAGCAACUACAAUCAGAGAAGUGGUGACAGUCAUGGCAGAAUGGGCAGCAACAGCAGUAGCGUGGGUGGGGGAUCCUCCUAUUAUUAUGACGACUACAAGCACUCCUCAUCACGCGACAAGCAUGGAUCCAGCAUGGGCGUCCAGAAGCAUUCCUCCAAGAAUCUGGCCCCAGCAGUGGUAUCCUCCAAACGCAGCAAACACAGGAAGCAGGGCAUGGAACAGAAGAUCUCCAAGUUCUCCCCCAUUGAAGAAGCCAAGGAUGUGGAGUCUGACAUGGCCUCCUACACCAUCACCCCAUCCUCUGGUGGCAACUGCCAUGUAAUGUCCAGGGCAAAGAAGCUCCAAGAUGAGAUCACAUAUGGCUUGAAAAAGAACAUCUAUGAUCAACAGAAGUAUUACGGCACAUCCAGCCGGGAUGCCUACGAGGAAGACGAUCGCAUAUACAGCAGCGGGAGGUCGAGGUCCACAGGCUACGGGAUGGACAAGAUCUCGUCAAGAGAUUCGGGCAACCACAGGAGCAAGUCCUAUGAGAGGGAUGCCAUGGAGCGAUCCCAGAGGGGUAGUCAGAGCCGUGGACGGCCCUCCAUGCGCUCCCAGAACUCUGAGGAGGAGAGCCCGCUCAGCCCUGUGGGGAAGCCCAUGGGUGUCGGCCAUGGUCCUGGAGGGUCAGAGCCACCUGAUAGCCGAAAUCAAUACGGCUCCAGCCACUCCCUGCCUGACGUGCAGGAUCACAUCAAGGAUAUACCCAGAAGCCACACCUACAAGCCCGACGAUGCUUACGUCAUGGAUGACCUGCAUUGUGCUGUGUCUGACAGUGAAGUCUGCUCGCCCUACUCACCGACGGAUAUGGAGAUUGACUGUGAUCUGUGUUUGGUUUCCAAAGCCUAUCAUUUGGGGCAGGAGGAGACGGACUGGUUUGAGAAACCACGGGAGUCCCGCUCUGAGAGGUCCCGGUACUAUAGCAGUACUGGCGGUAGCAGUGGGCACUCUUCACAGAAGCGGGACCAUAUCAAGCACACAUACCAUGACUACGAUGAGCCUCCUGAUGAGGACCUGUGGCAGCAGGAUGACUAUGCCCAGCCUCGCCAUUCCUCAUCCACUUCCCGGGACAGCAGGCACCAUGGGACCAACUCUGGGAGACACUCUUCCACCUCCCGCCAUUCCUCCGAAGAGCCCAGGUCCUCUAGAUCCUCCAAGCAGCAUUCCAAGGAUACUUCUAUGCGCCACGAGUCCAGGCAGCAGCCAGGCUCUUCAUCCUCCUCCAAGAGGAGCCAGCCUUCUGACCAGAGAUCUUCACAGGGCUACCACUCUUCAGAUUACUCACGCCAGCCCACCAGUCACCACCAAGGUUCUUCGGAAGGUCAGAGAUUACAGAAGCAGCCACUGCAGUCCCAGCAGCCACUGCAGUCCCAACAGCCGCUGCAGUCCUCCCGGAAGCAGGACAUGCAGUCUCAGCAACCGCCGUCUUCAAGGCAACAGCCGUCAUCUCAGCAGCCGUCGUCACGGCAACAACAGCAGCCACCCCAGCAGCAGCCGGGAAGGCAGCCGACGCCUCAGCAGCAGCAGGGGCAACAAACGCAGCGCACCCAGCAGCAACAGGCACAGACGUCAGCGACACGGCAACCGCAGAUGCAGCAACAGCCGGCGCCUGCACAGCAGCAGCCAGUACAAGCACAGCAGCAGCAGCCAAAGCCAGGCCAGGUUGCAGCCCGGGGUCCACAAGCAGGCCCUCCACAGACAACAGCGGUGAAGACAGAAUCGGCAGAUGCUUCCAAACUGUCUGCUAAGCCGACACAACAGCCAGCUAAAGCACCCCUGCCAACGACCCCGGCAACUGGCAUAGGUUCAAAAGCAGUCCCAAGACCUGGGGGAGUGGGGGGCGCUGCUGCUGCUGGACAGCCAGCGACAGACGAGAGUGUGCUCUCCAAAAUCUUACCUGGGGGGGCCGCGGAGCAGGCCGGCAAACUCGGAGAUGCUGUGUCUGCAUUCGGAAAGAAAUUUACUUCAUUGUGGUGAGCAGCUAAGCAGUGGGAUUUCUGGAGUGGAUAAGGAGAAAGACUCCAGGCUUUGUAUUGGAAAAACCUAUGAACAACCCCCUUGUGUAUUUCAUAUAAGAGAGAGAAACGUGGGACUCUGAGUGUGCACAGACGCCUGUAUCCAAGGUGACUUGCAGAGACUCUUCUGAUAGACUUUUCAUUUAUAUCCAGCCAACAGUGGAUUGGAAUCAAUGAUGCCCAGACAGCACUGGAGAUCCUGAACAUGCACAUCUGUUGAAGAAGAGACUUUUAUUGUUUUAUUGCUCAGGCAGGAGCACAGAGAGGACAAUGUCGCUACUGCACCUUCAACCAAUAUCCAACAUGGUUCAGACAGGCUUUUGGAUGUGGCCUGCCACUGGCUAUAUCUUAGCUGAUUUAGAUGACCCAGAGAUGAACAACUGAAAGGAAACUUCAGAGCCAUGAGAUCUAGCGCAUGUGUUUCAGACCGAAGCCCUAUGAUUCAUCUUCUUGCUGUUGAAGAAGGUCUGAAAGGCUGAUCUUCAGACACUCUUUUUGGUGCAGAGGAGCCCAGGACUAGGCUACAGCACGGGGCUACCAUUGGGAUACUAAGAAGCUAAAGAACCAUGUUGGAAAGACAAUGGAGCAAGCAGAUAAAUAUGAGAAACGGUGUCCUAUUUACCUAUCUCUGUUUCUCAGACUGCUAGUUGGGAAUCCUGAGAACAGAGUCUACGACAAUACUGGCAAACCGGAGUGUCUUUGCACAGCAGGAAAGACCCAGCAGUUGAAGGUGACAGAUGAUGAUUUGUUAUCUAUUCCUGCAUUCUGAGGAUUUCUUUUUUCUUCUUUUUAAAUAUACUGCUGCACUUCAUUGAGAAUACUUAAGGCUUUGGAAUUCAGCCUGUCUGCUGCUUGUUUGAUUCCAGUCUUUUUGGCACAGAAAAUGGACCUAUCCCAGGUCCCACAAUCUCCUCUUAUUCUUAAUAAAAAAAAAAAAGUUUCAUAGGUUUUUCUUGUACUAAAAGACCUUUUUUUUAAUUUUGAACGGAGCAUUUAAAAAUAAAAAAAAAAAACAUGUCCGUAGAUAAAUUAAAUGCUCCAUUUUUUUCUUAACAUUCCAGUAUGGUAAUGAUGACCCUUUUGAAUGCUGUCUUGUUUUUGCGAUGUAUCGUAAAGAUUUUGGGAAGCGGGCUGCAUGUAGAACACCAGAGAACUGUAUAUCUAGGACCGAACACUGUUCAUUACCUGAAGCAAGGAGGCCAUAGGACGUUACACAAGUUAAAUAGAGAAUCAAAAAAUAGAGAAAAAAAAAACUAAAAAAACUAAAAAAACAGCGUUGAAUCUGGUCACACAUUUGAGGACUUUCUGUGAUAAAAAAAGAAAGCCAUAAAACUGUAGGGCAGUUGAGUUUGUCUUUAAGCCAUUGCAAAGCCAUCACGAAACCAUCCCAAAGCAUCCGGUUCUCUGUGUCUAUUAGUUCUGUUGAUUACUUUCCACCUUUUCCUGAUUGUUUUAUCGUGUUUGCCUGAUUUUCUUUUCUCAAGAGAAAGAAACAGCCUUAAUCAUUUCAGUUUUAUUUUUUACUUGUAUACCUCAAACUUUUUUUUUAGUUCACACUGUAUAAUAUUGUAUAAAAAAAAGCGGUCAGGAAGUGUUUGCCUCUGCCGUUUAUGUUUUAACUGUGCAGUCUGUUCUUAUCCAUACCUAACAGGCAUGCUCAGCGUGAGGUCACUGGGGUCACACUGGCAACACUGUAACAAAAUCCAAGGUACUAGUGUGAGCCCUCCACAGAUUGCUGCAAUGAUCCCAGCUCCCCCGCAACGGGCUGGAAGCAGCAAGAGUCUGACUACAAAGGUUCAGCUGGCUGUGGGUUAAGCCAUGGCUCUAACUAGUUUCCUUCCCCAAAAUGUGAAGAAAUGUGUGUUUGAAUAGGAAAGGAAAAUCUGUACGGGUUGGCUCUGACAUUGAUCAAAUCACCCCUCUUGCAUACAGGCCACAAACACCACUUUCACAUUGGUUAGGUACAAGGACUGUGGUUUGGUAUAAGGACUCUAGAUAUAUACUGUAUGAAGUACUGUAUUUUUCUUUUGCUCCCAAAAGUUUGAAGCUGUUGAUGCUUUACCAUUCACACUGUAUAUCUCCAGAUACAGUGUAAGUAUUAUGGGGUUAGUUAGAAAUGAAUCUGAACAAACACAGAGGACAUCAAGUCUGUUCAAGCAAUGUGGUUUGAAAAAAUGAACAAGGGGCACACCUUUUGAAGCAGGUACUGUAUGGCCCUGAUUCACAAAGCAGAGCAUUUUUUGAUGAUCGUUCUAGACUGCUGUUGACGAUGGUUUUGCAAAGCUCUAGAACAGCUUGCUGAAUUUUAUAAAAGUAUUUUCUUUUUCAAAACCGAAAAAAAGUUUAAGUCAAAUCACAGAAAUGGAUUGACUUAUCAUUUCACGUUUGUUGUCUUGACGGCCCAGUGUACUGUUUUAUUACAGUGUUGCAGUUUUUUCCCCCCAAAAAUCAUCUAAAAUCCACGCUGAUGGGACUGACUGAGCAUGCUGCCACACAACCUCAUCAACGUUUGUUUUGCGAGCUUCCAUUUAUCGAAAAACAAAGGGUGGUCGAAAGCAAUUUCCAUUUCAAACAUUCUAUGCAAUGAUAUAUAUUUACUGUUAAUAUUUAAUACCACUAUGAAAGUUGUGUUUAAGAAUACAAUGAAAUUGUGUUACCGAGGAACAAAAAAAAAAAAAGGAUAGUUUGUAUUUAGCGACUUGGUCUGUAUGAAGUGUAUUUAUUGAAUUGAGUUUUUUAUUUUAGUGGCAUGUUUGAGCCCCCUCCCGCUCUCCUCCAUGGUUGCCAAAGGGGUAAACAUAUAGCCUGUCAUUAUUGUCCUCCAUACUGUAGUUUCAAGCAUGGGUCGCUAGGUAAAAUAUGUUGCACGUCCUCAUUCAGUCUUAGUGUAGUGGGGUAAUUAGUGCUCUUCAGUACUGCCAGGAUAUGCACUUGUUAUUGAAAUUAGCAGUAAAAACACGCAUACAAACACGCAAACUCUGCAGGUUUUGUAUCCUCUGCUUGUAUUCAAAAUCUCUUGAAGUGUACGAUCAUUUUUCCAACUCUGCUGGUGUCAGCAGAAACAAAUAAAUACAUUAUAUAGACCUUCCACGCUCCAGGAGGUACAAACACCAUUUUAUCAGUCUAGAUCAUUAGUAUCAAUAAAAAUCAUAUGUACUGUAGUAUGAAAAUAACGACACUUGCUCUGAUUAGAGUAUUGGAGAAAGCAAGCAGCAUGCCGCACGGGAUAUGAUUGGGUAUUAAACCCAAUUCAAGAACAAAGAUCUCUUCAACACAAUGAAAGGAGGAGCAGUGAUAUUGUUGGUAAUGGAAUAACAGGGUUUGAUUCAGUGGGUGUGUAGCAAUGGAUUUUAUUAGGAGGCUGUAUUUUAACACAGUAAAUUGUCUAUAGUUUUCGGAAAGGAACAGUUAAUGGUGGAUAAAACAAGAAGCACAUGUAUACAGUAGGGUUAUACUGACAGGGUCUUUAUAAUUGAUUAUACAGGGGGUCAGUCAGCCCUAUCUGUAGCUAUACAGUGCUGAUGAAUGAGGCUCCACUAGUAUAGCCAUACAAGGGCAGCAUGCCGUGGAUUGAAAGACUCACAGGGUUCCAGUAGCAAAGCAGGCAUGUAGCGCUACUGUAUGUUCUGCUUGCUGUAUCAUUCCAGACAGAAGUGUAUACUGCCCCCUAGUGCUGCUUCUACUGUAUGAAUAACAGUUCAGAGCUGCAUUCAAGGAUUAGCCAAGUACAUUUUUUCUAAUUUCCACUCACCCAAGCCAUUAAUCAGUUACACAUUCUAACACGCAGCAUGUAUCCCUUUAUUUUGAUGAGUUUUAGUUCUCAUGCUGCUAAAAUGUAACCUCAUUGUAUAGUGUGUAGUAUUUAGUGCAGGUGUGUUUUUGAUCCCAUGCCAGUAGUGGUCUGUGGGAAAAUGUUGAAGCUGCAAGGGGUGACAUCUUAAAAGCAAAUCUUGGGUCCACACUGAACUAUAUAACAGAAUGUGAGCAUAGUGUGUUUUUCCAUCUCUCUCUGCCUGUAUGAUGGGAUGCUACUGAAUUUCCUUAGCUUCUCCUGAGUAGCACAUUACAGUACCUUGGAGCCUCAUAUUUGGCCAUUCCUGUUGAUAAGGAUAUUACAUACUCUAUUAAAAAUAAUAUAGAUGCUUGAUAAAUGAUUAUAAGGAAGAACAAAAUAACCAUUUACUGCACAAAAGCAAACUAGCAAUAGUAAGUCUCAUUUUGCAUGUACUUUUUUUUUUUUUUUAUAUAAUUUGUAAAGGAAUAAGGGUCAAUAAAGCCUUCAGUAUUACAGACCUACUCUUCAGAAAACAGUCGAGGCAGAAUGUUUCUGUCCAAUAACAAGUGCAUAGCCACAUGCCACCAAAUCCUUAGCACACAACUGAAAAUACUUGGCAACCAUCUUCACUGUAAAUAAAAACUCAAAACUGUACAGCGUGUAAAUCUCAUGUGUACAGCGAUCAUUGGCGUGGGUCAUCGUUUAUGUCCUGGCCCAGCCGACCUGCCAAUUUGUGCUUUUGUGUAUAAAACAAACAAACAAACAAAAACAGCAUUGUGCAGUGUGGCUGGCUCGUAUAGACUGUUGAAAAACAAAAUAACUUGUAUUCAGAAACAUACUGGUCUGUGUAGAGUUUCUAUACAUGUCGUGUUUGUAAAAUAAGAAAACUUCCUUAAAGUAAACUUGGCUUCCAUGUCAUUGUAUGGGGGGGUUGGAUGUAAAAAAAUAAAAAAUAAAAAAAAAAAAGAUAAAGAAAAGAAGAACAAAAAACCGAUUUUAAAAAGUUACAUUCACUGUUGUAAGUGCAGUGAGCUAUCUCACGUGUAUCCAUUGUAAAGCUGUGUGUGUGUUUCAAUGUAUUCUCGUAAACAGUUGUAGUAAUUUGGUGCAUCAUGUCAUGUAAUGUGAUUAAUGUGAUAAUUACCCUACAAUACAUUUCCGUCAGGAACGAAUAAAUAAAAAAUUUAUUCUGGAGUGGUUAUUCAUAAGAUGAAGCGUGGCAACCUCAGCAGGACAGCUGGAGAUUCAAAAUGACACCACCUACAGUCCCUGUAAAAGUUCCCCAUAGUAAAAGCACGGUGAAGCAUAGGUAAGCAUGGUAAAGAGUAGUGAGGUAUAGUAAAGCAUAAAAAUAAACAAGGCAAACCUUGGUGAACUACAAUAAAUGCACAGUCUAACUGUGGGAAAAUCAUGGGGAAAAUACUGAGCACAAAUUCAAUGGUUAUGCAAUCCCACCUUGGCAAGCCCAUGCAGAUGAAGAUGACAUAUUUACCUUUAAAGCACCUGGAUACUUCCGAUUAUACAGCAACACACGCUUUUUCGAAACCUCCAGCAUAUAUAGAGCAUCGUGACUUACAUGUAAUGUAUGUGGAUUGCAUAAAAAUGUCAGUGUAAAAUAAAAGAUGGAUAGAGAAAUAGGUUCUAUAGCCUUAAUAAACUUUGGUAAGAAAUGUGCUAAUCCAACUUUCAUCACAACUGGAUAAGCGAUGCUCUCGACUUAUGUAAAAAUGUCCAUGUGACAUACAGUACAGACGGACUACUAGGAUAUCCAUCCCCUGCAGGGAAAAAAGUGCAUGAAAAGGAAUGAAAGAAAACAUGCUCUCAGAUCUUAUGCCGAAGUAAUAUUUCUAUUUUCUAUUAUAUUAUAUAGACUUUUGAUUUUGCCCCCUAUUUAACCCAUUUAGCCCUGCCAUCAGAAAUCAUGUCAUGCCAUCAGAAAUCAUGUUGGAACCUCACGGGACUCCUAGCUCCCAGUCUG